ACUAUAAAUCCACAAACACAUGACUAGUUUAGAGAUAACAAACCAUUCUAUCUUAGAGACAAUGUCUUUUGCAGCAAUAACAGUACUAGCUUUCCUUUUCAUCACUUUGACAUACUUCUUAUUCACAUUCUUCUCAAAUCCAAAACAGAAAAACAGUAACCACAAAAAGCCACCAGGUCCACCAACUCUACCAAUUAUCGGAAAUCUUCACAUAUUAGGUAAACUUCCACAUCGAACACUUCAAUCACUCUCUAGAAAAUAUGGUCCAAUCAUGUCCUUACAACUUGGUCAAGUACCAACUGUUGUCAUUUCAUCUUCAAAAGCAGCAGAAUUAUUCCUCAAAACUCACGACAUAGUUUUUGCAAGCCGACCGAAGACUGUAGCAUCUGAUAUCCUGUCUUAUGGUUCCAAAGGGGUGGCUUUUUCUGAGUAUGGUCCUUAUUGGCGUAAUAUGAGGAAACUUCUCUCUUUGAAACUUGUUAGUCCUUCCAAAAUUGAGAAGUUUGCUCCUAUUAGAAAAGAUGAGUUGGAUGUUUUGGUUAAAUCAUUGGAGAAAGCUGCUUCAGUGGGUGAGGUUGUGAAUGUUAGUGAAGCUGUAGAGAAUGUUAUAGAGGAUAUUAUGUAUAAGAUGGUGUUGGGUAGGAGUAAGUAUGAGGAAUUUGACAUUAAGGGGUUGGUUCAACAAGCAACGUCUUUGUUUGGAGCUUUUAAUCUUGCUGAUUAUGUUCCAUGGCUUGGCGUACUUGAUAUUCAGGGAUUAACACGAGCUUGUAAGAAAGUCGGUAGAGCAAUUGAUGAUGCACUAGAGGUGAUAAUAACAGACCAUGAACAAGUUACUAAUGUAGACAAAAAUCGUCAUGAAGAUUUCAUGGACAUACUUCUUUCAAUUUUAUACCAAACUACUGAUCAUGAGAAUGAAUCAAAUGAUGUCAUUGAUCGAACUAACAUCAAGGCUAUUUUACUCGAUUUGUUAAUAGCAACACUUGAUACAUCUUCUACUACGAUUGAGUGGACUUUAUCUGAACUUGUCAGGCAUCCAAGAGUCAUGAAAAUCUUGCAAAAUGAAAUACAAAAUGAAGUGGGAAAUAAAAGAAUGGUUGAAGAAAAAGAUUUGAAGAAAUUGAAUUACUUAGAUAUGGUGAUUGAUGAAGUCUUAAGACUUUAUCCAAUUGUACCCUUGCUACUCCCUCGUGAAUCUAGAGAGAGCAUAACAAUUGAUGAUUAUUUUAUAAAAGAAAAGACACGAGUUCUAAUAAAUGCAUGGGCAAUAGGAAGAGAUCCUAAUGUUUGGUCCGAAAAUGUUGAAGAAUUCUAUCCAGAGAGAUUCAUCAAUAAGAAAAUGAAUUAUCUAGGAAACGAGUUUGAAUCAAUACCAUUUGGUUCUGGUCGUAGGGGUUGUUUUGGGAUUCAAAUGGGUUUAAUUACUGUUAAAUUUGUUAUAGCCCAAUUGGUGCAUUGUUUUAAUUGGGAACUUCCAUAUAAUACGAAUCCUUCUAAUUUAAAUAUGGAGGAGAAGUUUGGAAUCACCAUACCAAGAGCUCAACAUUUACUCGCAAUACCAAGAUAUCGUUUGGUUGAUGUUGAGCUUGAAUAAGUCUAAGAAUAGACUGUAUCUGUAUUCAACAUGAUUACUACUAAAAAAACAUGCAAUAUUGUAGGCCUAUUAAUGAAAUCAGUGUAAAAUAAAUUAAUGAAUAUUGAUUGUUUUCAAUCUGUUAAUGGUCAACGUUGAG